GAGAGCGAGGCAUCCUACAGGGCCCCGACGCACUCAAGAAGGAUAAGCCGCCUCCUACAGCAGCCUCCUGUGACGUCACAAGCAGUCCGCGAACCUCCUUGAGACAAUAUCCUUCGCCUUGGCUUCGGGACGACGACGAGAGCUCGAGCAAGGGCGUGCCCUACCAGUACCAGAGUCUCCCGCAGCUCCAUGCAACUACGUCUUCUCACUCUCCACGCCCUCUGUGCUGGCCUCACGCCCCUCCGAGCACGCCCUCCCUCGCUUCUUCGCCCGCGACAGCUCCGCAGCCUUUGUACGCCAACUGCCAGCGCGGGAAGUGCUCCGAGGCGUCGCCCGCAGGCCGCGCCCUCGCCGCCUACCCGGGCGGCUGCUGGGCGAAUGCCAACCCGCCCAGAGCCGCCGCCGGGGCCUCGCGCGGAAGCAAUUACCCGCCGUUCCCCGAGGAAGUUUCCGCCUCACAGGACUCCGGCAGGAUCUUCGUGGCUUCCCCCGUGCUUCCCCCGCUUCCGCCAGGCGUCCUCCUGGAGGCCAGAGCCGGCUCCCCCGCCGAGGCCCGCCGCCAUGACGUCAGCCCUCCAGAUGAUAAGCUCAAUUUAGCUUCCAUUUGUAUCCUCUCUCUGGACUUAACCGUCGACUGCGAGGAAUUUAGUGAUAAUGGCUUUCCACUUGUAACUGUCAGAGAGAACGGCCACGACGACGAACACGACGACGCAGGAGCAUCCACGCGCCGCUCGCCCCCAUCGCGAGCGGAGGGCGAGGCCCAGCGCAAGGACGACGGCUCGGACGGGACUCCCGUCGAGGCCGACACGGGCAUCGGGUCGUCGUCGAGUCACAGCAGCAGCUCGAAUUUCGACGAAAAGUAUUACGAAAACGAUGACUACGACACGGUCGACGACGGAGUGUGCGUCGCCGAAGAGCUGUCAGACAGGGGCACCAUGUCAGACAUCGAUGACGCACCUGACUCGAAGACCAGCCUGUCCAGCAAAAUAGACAAAUUGAUCAGCUAUGACGAUGACGAAGACGACUUCAUCGAGGCAGACUGCGACGUGAAGCCCAUGGAGACGUUGAAGCGGCCCCUCGUUUACGGCUACGGCAGCGGCCCCGUCAGAAGCCUGCGCGGGUCGUCCUUCCUGGAGAAGAGGCUCUCGCAGGCCUCGAUCGUCUCCGAGCACAUGGAGAUGGACCUUGCAGAGUCCUUGCUCUCGUCCGAAGUCUUGGCUCACAGCGAGAGCUGCGUGAGCCUGAAGGAGACUUACUGGGAUCAUUAUCAAGCCACGAAGGAGAGAAUUGACCGCGAAGGGCGGACCGGCAAGGGGCAGGCAAAGAACUCCGAUCCUUGCCCAUCGGCGAGGUUCUGCUACGACCCGGAAGUCCUGCUCGCUCAGGUGAGGUGUCCCAAGUCCCUUGAAGACGCGACCUUCAGGCAAUACUCGGCCUUCAUGACGUCCCACAUCUAUGAUCACUUCGGAAACAUUCACGAGAAUCUCAAGGAGUACGGACUGAGCAGCCGCCGCCUGGGUUGGAUCUCCAGCCAGCCCGAGCUCCCCGACGCCCCGAGGCACGAAGCUCCCUCUGAGAUGUCGUCCCUAGACUACAACAGUGAGCCGGAACUCACUUACUGCCACAAGCCCCGUCAGGCCCCGGGAUUGCCGGCACAGUGCCACCCCGCCCGCGCUCCUGUCCCCUGCCCUCCCCCUCCCCCGUGCAAAGGCAGAGGCCCUCCUCUGGACUCUGGCGUAUGGACGUACUUCCACCCUUCCGAGGGGGCAUCGGCGGCCUCCUCCCCCGGCCAGCUCCCUGUGGCCAUGCCCCGCUCCGCAUCCUCCUUGAGCCACGUAGCCCCUGGUGGGUACAACCCCUGGUCCCAUCUCCUGCCCGACGUCACGCCGCCGAGGACUCCCCGCCACAGUGUUUACCUUCAACCUGCAAUAGGAUCAGCGACCACCUCUCCGAGCAGGUCGCGGCCGACGUCCCCGACCCAGCUGCGCAGCGCUGCUCCCCCUUGGACCUCAUCUUCGGAGCCUCGGCCUUCGGCGGACGAGCAGAGGACGCUCGCCGGCUCCGCUGCCAAACCCACUCCCUCUCCUCGGCGGUCCUUCCUUCCUAACUUCUCGAAGGUCGUCAGAUCGCCCCUGAAGAAGGCGAGCCAAGGGCUCAAGGCCCAGCCCGGGACGGAGAAGGAGGCGUUACUGCCGGCCGCUGCUCCUCACAAGUCCAUCCAGAAUAGGACGUUUACAGCCACGUCAUCCAAGUCUUCCUCGUCAUCGUCGUCGUCGUCGUCCGCCUCCAGCAAGGACAGCGUCAUGACGGUCAUCCCGGCACCACGCAACAAGGGCGCCAAGUGGUUCAUGAGGCAUUUUGUAGGAUCCAGGGGAAAGCUUUCGGCUGUAUAAGAUUUCUUUAGCAAAGGAGUUUCAUUUUGGGAUAAAAGGGGGGAGGGUAAAGAUUCGAGGCGAGACUUCGUGAAAGACAUCUGGCGGAAGUGAGUUCGAGAGAACCGAAAAGGAGAUGACGAGAAUCGCCUGAAAAAGAUGAUUUCAAAAGCGCAGGACGAUAGCAGCAUCCAUUAAGAAUCCAGGAAGAGACAAAGACCUCCUUGCAAAAGUGAUUUUAAGAACCAUCAGGAUAAUUAGGAAAAAAGUGAAAAAUAUAAGAAAAAACUACAUGAGAACAUGAAUAAAAACUUAUAAAGGUGGAUUAAAAAGUUCACUGAGAUCCAAAAGACAAAAAAGAGGCUGCGAGAUGAUGAUGCUGAGAAAGAUGAAAAUUUCAGAGGCUUGGCGAGAGUCUGAGGCUCGUGAAGACUAUAGGGUGAAUGCAUGUUGCUCUUGCACGUUGCAGAAGAGUGUCUUUUUUAUAAGAAUUGGAGAAGGAAAUGAAAUAUUAGAAAAAGAAAAGAAAUGGAAAGUAAGCGAGAAUAAAAAAAACAAAUACGGUUUUACCUAGCGAUCGAAAAAUAUAGUGUGUGCAUUUGCUUGAUAUGAAUAUAUUUUGAAAUCUGUAUUUUAAGUUGUUGAAAAGAGUCAAGAAUGGUAUAAUAAGGCAUGUAGAGAUCAGGGAAGGGCAUGAGUUUGAGAUGUGUGUCAACAAGGUAUAGACUAUCACUGAAUUGAAUGUCUUCAGAAGAGGAUGUAAAUGUAGACACUCACACAAACACCCACAUACAUACACAGACAGACAGACCGACAGAGAGAGAGAGAGACAGAGAGAGAGAGAGAGAGAGAGAGAGAGAGAGAGAGAGAGAGAGAGAGAGAGAGAGAGAGAGAGAGAGAGAGAGAGAGAGAGAGAGAGAGAGAGAGAGAGAGAGAGGGUGAGAAGAGAGAAAGAGAGAGUGCGGGGGGGAGAACAUAUGUGGUUCCACUUACCACCAACAGAGUGAGCUUCCAAGAAAGAAAGAAAUCCUGAGAAAGAAGGAAAGAAACAUCCUUUUUCUCAUCGAAGUAAGGAGAGGGAUAACAAAGAAAAGAAGAAGAGGGAAGAAAGAGAAGAAGAAUACAAAAAUAAAAUAGAAAAGAACAAAAAUGAAGAGAUGGCAGAAGAGAGAGAUGCCGGUGAUAAAAGAGAACUGUGAUGUGACAGCGAGGCCAGAAGCACGUAGAAACUUCAGCUGUUUAGUAGUUUCGGUGAAGGAAUUUUGGAAGAGAAGGAAUACCUUAGUGGGAAUAUAAUAGUCUUUAUUUUCAUAUAUAAUGAUGCUUAUUAGUUAGAAUGCCAUAAUUUUGUACUUGUUCUUCUCUGAUCGGUUGAUGGUAAUAAAAAAAAAGAAGAGAGAGAGAAAUAAUGACAAUGAUAACAAUAAUAAUAAAAAAGGCAAAACCAAAAGAGGAAAUUGUUAGUACCUAUCAUAAAGUAGCUUUUUGUUAGCAGCUGCAAAACAUAGUCUACUGGAUCAUCUUCAUGACGCGUCUCUGACAAGCCCUUAGUAUUAGCAAUAUAUAUCCAUUACCCUCAUGACUGCACAUAAUGGUGAUAUUUGGUCCCUUUUAACAUACCUGAAAGCCUUAACAUAUCAUUAAAGAAAGAUGUAAAACAAA